AUGGGCAACUGCACCAAGACCCCUGAGAGGAAGGUCUCCAAGGACGGCAAGCAGCGCUCAGGCGCCCCAGGCUCCCCGGCCUCUGGCAGGCACGACCCCGACGACCCGGACGCCGCCGCGCAGACCCCGCCGCUGCAGAGCUACUCGGUGCUGCAUGGGCUGGUGGGGCCGGCCUGCAUCUUCCUGCGCCAGAGCAUCGCCAUCACCCAGCUCGACCGAGAGCUGCGGCCGGAGGAGAUCGAAGAGCUGAAGGAAGCCUUCCGAGAAUUCGACAAGGACCGUGACGGGUACAUCAGCUACAAGGACCUGGGCGAGUGCAUGCGCACCAUGGGCUACAUGCCCACCGAGAUGGAGCUCAUCGAGCUGUCGCAGCAGAUCACUGGGGGGAAGGUGGAUUUCGAUGACUUUGUGGAGCUGAUGGGCCCCAAGAUGCUGGCAGAGACGGCCGACAUGAUUGGGGUGAAGGAGCUACGGGACGCCUUCCGCGAGUUCGACACCAAUGGGGACGGGCGGAUCAGCACAGCCGAGCUGCGCGAGGCCAUGCGCAAGCUGUUGGGCCAGCAACUCAACUACCGCGAGGUGGACGAAAUCCUCAAGGAUGUGGAUCUCAAUGGGGACGGCCUGGUGGAUUUCGAAGAGUUUGUGCGAAUGAUGUCACGCUGA